AUGAGGGCUGUUCACAACAAGGAUAAGCUCCCGUGCAAAUAUUGCAGGGAGCUGUUCGCAGACGCCUCUAACAGGCGCCGGCACGAAAAAGCCUGCAACCGAGGACCAGCUGAUACCCGGGCCACCAAGUACUACAAAUGUGGCUGGAAAGGCUGCGAAAGGGCCCUUGGGGUCCGCAUCGACAACGCCAAACGACACAUGAAAUUUUGCAAGGAGAGAGUGGCCGGGGAGAAAGUCCCACCACCAGGACUUGUUGGUGGGAGGCAACGACAAAAUGGCCCUGUAGCCGUGGGCAGGGGAGGACAAACCCCACGAGCAGAGGAGUGCGCUCCUAUCGUACAGGAGUCCGCGUCCGCUCCUGUCCACGAUAUCCAAAAGCACACUCUUUUCAACUUUAUCGAAGGGGAUGCUCCUCUUCCACAGGAGUACGCUCCAGUUAACAGUGUCGGGGAAUAUGCUCCUUUGCCAAUCCAGGAAUACGUUCCUUUCCAAGGGGAGUACACUCCUCAAAAUGCUUUGGCUCAGGUGCCACCACCAACCAACGUGGCGCAACAGCAAUCCAGCCCUCUUGGAAUCCACCUUUGCGAUAUGUGGACCCCAAGAUCAUUAUAUUUUGUAUCCAGGGGCCCAGAAAAUGGACCGGGCUGCUAUGAUGUUGCGGAAAAUUAG